AUGGAUGUCUGGGCAGCACGUGGCGUGGCGUGGCAGCGCACGUUAGUGCCGGUCAGCACUAACGUGUUGUCACUUUACGGCCGUGAAUCUCCCGCCGACGUGGCCCCCGCCGUCGCCACCACCGCGCCACCCGUCACGGGCGAGCUAGCUUUCCCAGCUCCCCCUAUAAAGCUGGCCGACACGGCACUGGCACGUCGCAAGCAACCAUCCAUCCACAGCAAGAGAAGGAAGCAAGCAGCGACACAGCGAGCGAAACCCGUGUCUCGAAGCAACCUGGUGCCUAGCUUGCCAGUUGCCACUCGACCUCUCCGCUCCACCGCCCCGUGCACAACUCCAACGGCAGCCACGGUGAUGGCCUCCCUCGCCUUCGCCACCGCCGGCGCGCGUGCCGGCGUCCUCCCCGUCCGCGUCCCGGCGGCCGCCGCGCUCGCGCCGCGCCGACGCGCCCUGGUCGUCAGAGCCCAGGCCGAGGAUGCUAAGCCAACAACGGAGGAGACAACCGCGGCGUCCUCGGCCUCGCCUUCUCCGGCGCCCUCCACUCCCCUGACGGCGAAGCCCAAGGCGGCGAGCCCCGGGCUGUGGGACGCGCUGGCGUUCAGCGGCCCGGCCCCCGAGCGCAUCAACGGGCGGCUCGCCAUGGUGGGUUUCGUGUCCGCGCUCGCCGUCGAGGCGUCCCGCGGCGGGGGCCUCCUCUCGCAGGCCGGCAGCGGGUCCGGGCUGGCCUGGUUCGCGGCCACGGCCGCCGUGCUCUCCGUGGCGUCCCUAGUGCCGGUCCUCAGGGGGGAGAGCGCCGAGUCCCGCAGCGGCGGCGUCAUGAGCGCCGACGCCGAGCUCUGGAACGGCCGCUUCGCCAUGCUCGGGCUCGUGGCGCUCGCCGUCACCGAGUACAUCUCCGGCGCGCCCUUCAUCAACGCGUAGGUGCCAACGGUCUUGCGUGGAGUUGGACCCCGUGUGGUGUGCAUUCAAUUUGUACCUGUAAACCCUGCAGGUUCUCUGUUCUGUCCUUGUACAUCAACUAGCUAGGAAAAUUCAACAUGUUAUUCCAAAAAAAUUGCAGGCCUCCGAUCCUAGAACUAGAAGCUUCAUCUCGUCUUCGUUUUCGAAAAUCCAAACAGAAAAAUAAGUCAAAUUUUCACUGGAAAUCUAUGCGAGUUCUUGCGUUCCAAA